CGAACUUAAAAUUGUUAAUCACAUCAAGAAACUGCAAAAGGCAGGCUUUGAACCCACCAGAACUGAAGUAAAAAUCAUGGCGUUUAAUUUAGCUCAGCGAAUGGGGAUCCCAGAUAAAUUUAAUCAAAAAGAAGAAAUAAAUGAAAUAAUUUUGUUUUGUUUACCAGCCCAUACAACGCACUAUCUACAGCCUCUCGAUGGUGCCUUUUUUAAAACUCUUAAAAUCAACUUCUACGCUGAAUGCCGUUUUAUGGUGCAAAAUAACCCAAACAGGGUCCUAAAUCCCCUUCAAUUUGGUAAGCUGUUAGGUCGAGCAUGGGGAAACUAA